GUGUAGGAACCCAAAAGCCUUAAUUUUCACUCUCAUUUGAGAAACCAGAAAGUAGUGAAUGCAUUUUUUCAGAUUUUCCCAGGCCUGAGGGAAGCUUGUUUUCAUCAAUGGCCCUUGUUAGAGCUCAAGAUGCCUCCUCUUCCGAGAAUUUUCCUUGUCGUUACGACGUGUUCUUGAGUUUCAGAGGUGAAGACACUCGCAAAACUUUUACCGACCACCUCUAUACUGCCUUCGUCAACUCAGGGAUUCACACUUUCCGAGACGACGAUGAACUAGAGAGAGGAGAAAAUAUCAAGCCAGGACUGCAGGAAGCAAUCCAAGAAUCGCGAAGUUCUGUCAUUGUGUUUUCGAAAGACUACGCGUCAUCCAAAUGGUGCCUUGACGAGCUUGUGUUGAUCCUUGAACGCAAGAGGAUCUCAGGCCAUGUAGUUUUACCUGUCUUCUAUGACGUUGAUCCAUCUGAGGUGAGGAAGCAGACAGGAAGUUUAGAAAAAGCAUUUGCUGGACACCAAAAAAAUCGAUCUUUGAACAAGGACAAGGUAAAUGUAUGGAAGGCAGCACUUACAGAAGCUGCUAAUCUAGGAGGCAUGGUCUUACAAAACGAAGCUGAUGGGCAUGAGUCAAAGUUUAUCAACAAAAUUGUUAAAGUGAUUGAAGGCAAGCUAAGACGCAACCCCUUAAGUGUUGCUCCUUACCUGAUUGGAAUGGAUCAUCGAGUAAAAGAAAUUAAUUUAUGGUUACAGGAUGGAUCAUCCGAUGUUGGAAUAUUGGUGGUUUAUGGGAUUGGCGGAAUAGGGAAGACCACUAUCGCUCAAGUUGUUUAUAAUUCAAACUUUAAAAGAUUUAAAGGAAGCAGUUUCCUUGAAAACAUCAGAGAAAUUUCUGAAGGGCGCAACGGCUUGGUUCAAAUGCAAAUACAACUUCUCUCUGAUAUUUUGAAUGGGAGAGAAGUGACAGUACGAAGUGUCAGUGAAGGAAUACUUAAGAUUAAAGAUGUCAUAAGUUGUAAGAAGGUUCUUCUUGUUCUCGACGAUGUAGAUCAUUUGAGCCAAUUUGAUGCAAUACUUAGAAUGCGAGAUUGUUUUUAUCCUGGGAGUAAAAUCAUUGUAACAACUAGAUGUGCAGGGUUGUUCAAGGCUGAGGUUGUUAAGGUGCAUAACGUUGACACUUUUAAUCAUGAUGAAUCAUUGGAGCUCUUUAGUUGGCAUGCUUUUGGACAGGACCAUCCCAUUGAAGGUUACACGAAACUUUCGGAAAAGGUUGUAAGCCAGAGCGGAGGACUUCCAUUAGCUCUUAAAACUUUGGGUUCUUCACUAUCAGGGCAAAGUAUAGCUGUAUGGGAAAGUGCAUUAAAGAAAUUGGAAGUUAUUCCAAACGGUGACAUCAUGAAUAAGCUCAAAAUAAGCUAUGACUCUUUACAAGAUAACCAUGACCAGGACUUAUUUCUCCAUGUUGCAUGUUUCUUCAUUGGAAAGGACAAGGAUGUCACUGUGAAAAUACUGAAUGGAUGUGAUUUCUAUACGACUGUCGGCAUUCAAAAUCUCAUUGAUAUAUGUCUGGUAACCAUAGAUGGAGAUAAUAAGUUGAGGAUGCAUCAAAUGAUUCGUGAUAUGGGAAGAGAAAUUGUUCGCCUUGAAUCAAAGGAGCCUGAAAAACGCAGCAGAUUAUGGUAUCGUAAGGAUUCUCUCAGUGUAUUGAGAGAAAAGAAUGGUUCAAAAAAAAUUGGUGGUCUUGCCCUGCAUAUGUACCAUGUAGAAACUCCUUCAGGAAAUUCAAAUAAGGUAGUCUUGGAAACCAAUGCAUUUACAAGGAUGGUGAAACUAAGAUUACUCCAGCUGAGUUAUGUACAACUCAAUGGAGAUUAUGAAGAAUUUCCUAAAGGAUUGAGAUGGUUGUAUUGGCUUGAGUUCCCCUUAGACUCUAUACCCUCUGAUUUUCGUUUGGAGAGCCUGGUUGUUCUUGAAAUGCACGACAGUAGCUUAAGAAAAAUAUGGAAGGGAACAAAGUUUCUUCAAUCAUUAAAGAUUCUUGAUCUCAGUGGUUCCUGUAUCCUCACUGAAACUGGUGACUUCUCAUUGGUCCCCAAUCUUGAGAGGUUGAUUCUUGAAGAUUGUGUAAGCUUGGUUGAUGUCCAUGAGUCCAUUGGAAACCUAGAGAAACUUGUGCACCUGAAUAUGAAAAAUUGCAAAAAUAUUAGGAAGCUUCCAAAGAGAAUUUCUAUGCUAAAAUCACUUGAAACUCUCAUUUUAUCUGGUUGCUCCAGUCUUAAUGAGUUCCCAAUGGAGAUGGGGGAAAUGGAAUCUCUAGAAGUGUUUAAAGCAGAUGAUAUUCCAAUAGGUCAACUACCCACUUUACCCUACACUUUAGUUGUUUUAAGUCUUAUAAACUGCAAUCUUUCUGAUGAUGCUUUUCCAAGGGAAUUUGAUAGCAUACCCGCAUUGCAGAGAUUGGAUUUAAGUCAAAAUCCGAUUUGUAGCUUACCGCAUUGCAUCAGAGGCCUUACAGGACUCGAUCAACUUGCGUUUGGCCAGUGUACGAGGCUCAAAUCGCUUGUAGGGCUACCAAGAGUAAAAAUGUUGAUCGUAAUCCGUUGUGACUCAUUGGAAAAAGUAGCUUUUCAAUCCAUUUCUUGUAUACCAGGGAGGUUUAUCAGUGGCUUCACCUCGAAACUUGUUGAGAUAGAGUAUUGGUACAAGUUAGAACCCAUUGGAAGAGUUGAUGCAGAAAUGAGAAACCUUUUGGGCUUGUGCAACUUGGAAUCUAUGGAAGCCAUUAGGCUGUACACUCCAGAUUGGCUCUCUUCAGCGGCUGGGACAAUGCGUCCCAUACAGGGACUGCAUGAAUAUGGUAUAUUCAGCACAUUUCUUCCGGGAAGCCAUGUUCCUGGCCAGUUCAGCAAUAAAAGUAAAGGGUCCUCGAUAUCUUUUAUUGUGCCUGUAAUUCCUAUUCUGAAGAUUAGAGGCUUGAACAUCUUCUCUGUCUAUGAAAAUUCCAUCUUGACGAAUCGGUUUUGUACGAUAAUGAGUCCAGUAAUUGCCAAAGUCACUAAUAAAAGCAAGGGUCUGAAGUGGAUAUAUGCCCCAGCAUGCUAUGGUGUUCCAGAUGGCGAUAACGGCGUGAUCUGGUUAAGCCAUUGGAAGUUGGGGGAUCAUCAAUUGGAAGGUGGGGAUGAGGUGACUGUUUCAGUAUUUACGCAACAUUCGUUUCAGGUCACAGAAUGCGGUGUCCAGCUUGUGCACGAGCAGGAAGACAAGGGUGCUCAGCACAACUCUGCAGAUCCUUGUUAUCCAUUUGACAUUGGUGGGAGCUUGCCAGAAUUUAUUCCAGGAACAUACUUGAUGUGGGGCGGACCCGUAAAUGGAGAUGGUAGGGAUUAUGUUUUCAGCUGGACAAAGGAAGAUUGGUUUAAAGGCAUCUUUGGAGACUCUAAUGAAGAAACUGGUAUAGAGAAAGAAGAAAGGAAGCUACAGGGUGAUGAGUCGCUUGCACUUGCAGAAGCAACAGCAGUAAGAUUAGUAGAAGCAGAGAGGGCAAGCAAUAACAGCCGUCGCAGAGGCUGCAAGAUUAUCAUUAUAUUGGCCGCUGUCUUCGUUCUUUUACUUUCUCUACUACUCUCUCCCUCUGAAUGAUUGUGAUUGAUUAGCCUUGGUGGUUUUUUAAUUUAUAUUUUUGUUAAUUUGGUGAUUAAU